GCUGUGGCACGCGGACCCUCUUUCACUUUCACCUUCACUGCAACACCCUUAACAGCAACAGCGUUAUGAUUACUGUACAGUGUAAAAGAUUAAUCACGCACUUCCCCGGUCCGAAUGAAGCCGAAUCAGCACGUGCAUGAACCCUCUGCUCACGGUCAGGGGAACGCGCGCGCCGGAAACACGGGACUACAUUACCCAUAAGCCCGGCAGGGCCCGCCCCAUGACGUCACGCGUGAACGGUCGCAAGUGCGGAAGAAGGACAGGUGCGGAGUUUUCGGAUGAAAACAGGCGGUUUGAGUGGAUAUUUGUUAGUGAUUAGGCUUCAGGGCCGGUGUGAGUGAGGGGCCGGGGUCGGGGAUGGAGGCAGUGCCGCGGAUGCCGAUGAUCUGGCUCGAGCUGAAGGAAGCUGCAGAGUUUCACUUCAGCUCCAGAGUUGGACAGUACAUUAAGAGGAACUAUGGUGAAAGCCCAGAGAACUACAGCGAAGCACUGAGGAGACUCGAGCAGCUUCGUCAGCGUGUGGUAAAUGUCCCGAGGGACUUCGAGGGCUGCAACACGCUGAGAAAAUACUUCGGACAGCUGCACUUCCUGCAGAGUCGUGUUCCAAUGGCAAAGGGACAGGAAGCAGCUGCACCGGUGACAUGGACUGACAUCUUUUCAGGAAAGCAAGUCACUCAUGAAGACAUCAGCUAUGAACAGGCUUGUGUCCUUUAUAACCUCGGUGCUUUACACUCUUAUCUGGGGGCCAUUGAUAACAGAGUUUCUGAAGAGGGGAUGAAGACAUCCUGCACCCAUUUCCAGUGUGCUGCAGGGGCGUUCACGUACAUCAGAGAUCAUUACAACUCUGGCUACAGCUCUGACCUAAGCCACCAAGCACUGUCCAUCAACAUCAGUCUAAUGCUGGGUCAGGCUCAGGAGUGCCUCCUAGAAAAAACACUGCUGGACAACAGGAAGAGCUUGUUGAUAGCACGCAUCUGCGCCCAGGUGUGUGACUACUACAGGGAGUGUACACGAGUGCUGGAGAGCUCAGACUGUGUGUCUGGGAAGAAGGAGUGGAGGAAACUCCUCUCCAUGAAAAUCAGCUAUUUCAGUGCAAUUACACACUUACACAUGGGCAAGCACUCUGAGGAGCAGCAGAAGUACGGUGAAGCGGUUGCGUACUUCCAAAGCUCACUAGGCAAACUAAAUGAUGCUAUUAAGCUAAGCAAGGGUCAGCCGGACUCCGUGCAGGAAGCUCUGAAAUUCAGCAUGGACGUCAUUGGUGGAAAAUUUAACUCUGCGAAGAAGGACAACGACUUUAUAUACCAUGAAUCAGUUCCUAGUCUGGACACACUGGCUGCAGUGAAAGGUGUUCCUCUGGUAAAGCCCCUCCCUGUCACCCCGAAUGACCCCAACACCACUGGUCCUGACCUCUUCUCCAAAUUGGUUCCUAUCGCAGCUCACGAGGCUUCGUCAGUCUACAGUGAAGAGAAGGCCAAACUGCUUCGGGAAGUGAUGGCAAAGAUUGAUGAGAAGAACCAGAUCUUAGAGAGUUUUAUGGACUCUUUGAACUGUGAUUCAGUGGAUUUGGACAUGUUCAGCUCUGUUCCUUCGGUGUUAUUGGAGAAAUGUGCAGCGCUCAGUGUUCAGCCAGAUGCAGUGAGGAGAUUAGUGCAAGCCAUGCAGGCUUUGUCCAGCGUCUACACUGACGUGGGCUCUUACCUGGAGGAAGUGCGGAAUGUACUGGAGGAGGAUGAGGUAGGGGAGAAGACCCUGGUAAAUGUGGCUGGGCAGAAAGGAUUGCCUCCCAGGCCUCCUGAACUAACGGAACUCCAAAAGGAGUUCAGGAAAUAUGAGACAGCCCAUCAGGUAGCCAGCCAAACCAAUACUGAGCUCCACAAAGCCAUGAACCAGCACAUCCCAAACCUGCGGCUGCUGCAGGGACCACUGGAGGAGCUGAGGAAGAGCCUGCCUCAGCCACAACUGAGUCAGGAUGACACGUCAUCCUUGCAGACAAUGAGACGGAUUUAUGGUAAAGUGGAUGAGAUGCGUAAGCAAAGGGUCUCAUUUGAGAAGGAGCUUCGUGACCUCAUUCAGAAAGAUGACAUUACAGCUAUUCUGGUGACCACUGAACGGUCUGAGAUAAAGGCAGUGAUUGAGGAGCAACUGCAGAAAUAUGGCCAGUUGAAGGGAUACAUUGAUCAGAACCUAACAGCCCAGGAUAACAUUAUUAAAGCUUUGACAGAGGCUAAUGUGCAGUGCGCCACCAUCCGAAAGACCCUCAGUGUCACACAACAACAAUGGAACAGCUCUAUGCAGUCUAUGGUGGCUUCGUAUGAAGCAUAUGAGGACCUGGUGAAAAAGGCUGAGGAAGGUAAAAGCUUCUAUCAGGACCUGGAAAAAAAGAUAUCCAGCCUUCUGGACAAAGUUAAGACCAUCUGCCAGAGCAGAGAAGAGGGGAGAACUGCCUUGUUGGAAAGGGAGGUAGCAAAAGUGCCUCCUCCUAGACCUACUGCUCAAAAGCCGGUGCUUGGCAAUAAAACCCCAGGUCCUCAGUCUGGCACCCCCUGUAUGGAGGCUUCUGUUUCCUCCUUUAGCCUUGGACAGGAUAUACCCCAGAAACCGCACACCCUGCCCCCAGAUAUGGCCUUGGCUAGAGGUCCACCACUCAUUAACACUGGUCCCCAUGGACCAACCCCUCUCACUUGGCCCCCAGGGGCAGCCAGUCCUCCAUUUUCAAACCAGGGAAUGCCACAGUUUACACCUACUAUACAACCCCCUUAUGGCCAAGUUUCAGGAGUCCCACAACCAGUGGCACCUAUACAGCAUCCUUCAGGUUAUGUUGUACCUCAGCAGUUCCAGCCUGGUCCAUCUAGAGGCAUCACACCAGUUCCCCAGCAGAUUAAUCCUCAAAAUACUUCACAAAUGCCUCAUCAGGGCUAUAUCCCAGCACCUUGGCAGAAAUCACCAAGUGUAUCCUUUCCUAUUGUAUCAGCAAAUUAUACUAUGCCCCCUGAGAUGGGACAAGCUGCUGCAAGACCAAGUCUGCCUGGACAUGUUCUCAUGUGUGGUGGACAGGGUCAACACAUGCAGUCUAGCAUGCCUCAGUCCUCUUCUGCUCAACAAGUGACUCCAGGAACACAGUACCAAGGUUUCACCCCACAGCCUGGAAAUGGCAUAAUCUCUCAGGCACCUAGGGUUGCCUUUUUUGGGCAAAGCCAGCCACCUUCACAUCCUGGACAGUUCCAGCCUCCAGUGCCACCUCAGAGCCAGUCUCAGCCAAUCCCAACUACUGCUUACUGGCCUACUUUAGGUGCACACACCCAGUCUCUGCCUGGCUUACCUGUUCAGCCAGGCCUUCUCUCAGUUUCACAGGCUUCCCUUCCUGUUGAAUCUAAGGUACAACCAUUUCCUUCUGGUCCUGUUAACCAGUUUCAUCCAGGACAAUCUACACAAAACCAGCCCCAAGCUCAUAUGGGUCAUGUUCUUCCCUCCAUUCCAUCUUCUCAACCUCAACAAAUGCCUGAAUCCCUCCAGAAUGCUAACAAACAGACACCUUUAUCUCAAACUACCACUCAGGUACCUUUCACCCAAAAUCUCCCGAUGCCUUUUGCUUACCACGCCUCUGGUAACUCUCAUAUGCCUCAGAGAAUUGCACUACCAGAUGGUGACAUGUAUUUUCAGCAAGGAACACCUCAAAGCCAAGCACAGCCCCUUCCAGCCCAAAACAUGUGUCAGCAACCCACUACUCAGUUCAGACCCAUCUUUCAGACAGGGAAUCCCCUUCAAAACCAAAAUAUUCCACCUCAGAAUAACUCAUCUUCUGGACCAAUUACUGUCCCAGUGAUGGACAAUCCAAAUCCCCCUGCACUUGCUGGUAUUCUUACACCUUCUCCAGCUCACCCCUUACCCUGUAAUCAGCCUGGGCCUGUCCUGAAGCCUUCAUCCUCUGACAAUUCAUUCAGUGUCACAGAGUAUAAAGAGGGAUUCCAGCAGAUAAAUCCAUCUCAUGGGGCUAUGAAUCAUGAUUUUAUUCAAGACAAGAUGGAAAAACUCAGCAUUACUUCCCAGGGAGAAGCUUCUGAUUGUGGAGAAGAUAAAGUAAAAUAAAAUCCAUAAAUAAAAUAAGAUAAAAUUCAAGCUGGUGUAAUGUCAGCAAAUAACACUCAAGUUUAUGAUCAGUCUCAAGCUAAUCUUAACCAAUCCAAUUAGAAUGUUAAAAUGGAAUGUGGGAAUAAUACCAGCGAGUCUACAGUUUGUACAGCCAGUUACCGUGUGAAUACAGCUGAUGGAACCUGAGAGGUCCUCUCCUUCUCGAGGUGUGAGGAAACAUCAGAGAAUCGAGAGGAAGACCACACAAAUCAAAAGAUGGAUGAUCCACACUAGUCGCAAAAGAGUGUUCUUUUCAGUGAUCAGGACCCUCUUUAGAUAUUACAUAAGACAUAAAAUACACUCUACUUGUAGUAAUUAUUGUAAUUAUUAAGUGCAUAACAUAAAGGAGUUAAUACUCUACAUUCUUCCUUAUGCAAACCUCUAUGGAGAAACAUUGGCACUAAAUGUUCUGUACCUUAGCUUACUUUCUUAAGACCAAAUUAAUUAACACAAAUAUAAAUUGUAUCUACAUGAGACUUCUAAGGAAAAUUUAUUGUUUCUGUGUGUAACUACGUAAUCUCUUCUUUAGAGCUUUUAUAAUUGCACUAUAUUCCUGAUCAUAGUUUGUGAUGGCAAUAAUGAAGCUGGUGUGAACUUAGUUACUGGGUUCAUGCAGCAUUAACUAUAAUAAGGAUGCAAUACAGUACAAAUUUUAAUACACUGACACAUUUACUCUUCUGUGCCUUGAUGUUCUGUCUAAUGAUUUAUGCCUGGUAAUUUCUCUAACAUGGGGCUUUUCUAAUAAAGUUUACAGUGUAAUGA